AUGGGGUCAAUACAGCAGGAGUCGCACUUCAAGAAGCUGCAGCAGUUCAAGGCAAAUUACGCCGACGCUACAUUCACUCAGUAUGAAUCCCAGCGGACGGGUCUUCGGGUAGUGGUAGUCGAUCGAAAGGGUCCUAAGGUGUACGGAAAUUUUGCGGUAGCCACGGAGAUCCACGAUGAUUCGGGUGCACCGCAUACCCUUGAGCAUCUCUGCUUCAUGGGUUCGCGGAAAUACCCUUUCAAGGGCGUACUAGACAAGAUCGCCACCCGAUCAUACUCUGACACAAACGCAUGGACGGAUGUCUCCGAGACAGUCUAUACUCUCUCAACUGCAGGUUGGGAGGGUUUUGCACAGCUGCUACCUAUCUAUCUAGACCACCUCAUCGUACCUACGCUGACCGACGCCGGUUGUUACACUGAGGUCCAUCACAUCGAUGGCAAGGGAGAGGAUGCAGGUGUUGUCUACUCUGAGAUGCAAGGACGUCAAAACCUGCAGGGCGAUCUCAUGGAUCUCCAGAUGCGUCGCUUUCUCUACCCUGAAGGCGAUGGCUUCCGUAUGGAGACGGGUGGCUUGAUGGAGAACCUACGAGUGUCCACUGCAGAGCGUAUUCGCCAGUUCCACCGAGACAUGUAUCAGCCUAAGAAUCUACGAGUUAUAUUGAUUGGAGAGGUCGAUCAUCCAAAUCUCCUGGACAUACUGGAUAAGUUCGAAGACGAGAUCAUCGAUCGCGUACCGGCUUACGAUGCGCCCUUCAAGCGUCCAUGGGUCGAAUCGAAGCGCACUCCACCCCUGAGCAAGACCAUUGUUGACACAGUCGAGUUCCCAGAAGAAGAUGAGUCGACAGGUGAGGUGCAAAUCGCCUUCCUAGGACCCGAGACUAUCGAUGACCUUGGAGAGACUGCCAUCAACACACUGCUCAACUACCUUGCCGGGUCAUCUGUUUCGGUUCUGGUCAACACACUCGUCGAGAAGGAACACCUUGCGAGUAUGGUAUACUUCUGGUGCAAGGGGCACACAGACAUGAUCAUCUGGUGGACUCUGUCGUCUGUAGAGACUGACAAGCUGGCUGACGCCGAGAAGCGUUUCUUCGAGGUUCUUAAAGAACACGCUUCCAAGCCACUUGAUAUGAGCUACCUCAAGGACUGUCUCCAUCGCUUCAAGCGCCAAACUCGAUACAUGUCUGAGAUUGGCAUGGAUGAGUACAAAGACCCAAUCAUCAAAGAUCACGUAUUUGGUGACCGGAAUGGUACUCAUCUCGAAGACGCAAUGGCCACUCUUGAUGUAUUCGACACACUUGACAAAUGGACUGAGCAAGAGUGGCGAGCAUAUCUGAAUAAAUGGAUGGUGGAUGCUCACCACGUUUCCAUCCUGGGUAAACCUUCGAAGGCAUUGUCGGACAAAAUCAAAGCGGAUGAGGUUGCACGCGUCAAGGCACAACAAGAAAAGCUAGGCGAAGAAGGCCUGAAAAACUUGGCACAGAAGCUCAAGGAAGCCCAAGACGAAAACGACAAGCCUAUCCCAGAGGAGAUUAUCGCCAGUGUUCAUGUUCCCAGUACUGAGUCUAUCCACUUCUUUGAGACUACAACAGCGCGUUCUGGUGUAGCAAGGAAGCUAGGAACUUCUGAGAACAACAUCCAGAAGAUUGUCGACAAGGACGAAAACGGUCUUCCCCUCUUCAUCCACUUUGAACACAUACCAACUUCGUUCGUACACUUCGGCUUAGCACUCGGAACUGCCUCGCUACCAACGGAACUCAAGCCUCUCCUCGGCGUAUAUCUAACCAACUUCUUCGCGACUCCGAUCAUGAAGGGCGGAAAGCGUAUCGAGUUCGAGGAGGUCAUUACCAAGCUUGAGCAGGAUACCAUUGAGUACUCCAUGGACCGCGGUACCGAUAUUGGAAGCUCUGAGAUGAUCUACAUCCCUUUCAUUGCGGAGGCCGACAAAUUCGAAACUGUUGUGCUAUGGCUGAGGUCAAUGCUCGUUGAUUCAGUGUUCGAUACCGAGCGCGUGAUUUCUGCAGUCAAGAAGAUGCUCGCGGACGUGCCCGAAGAGAAGCGAGAUGGUAAUUCCAUGAGCUUUGCGGUCGACCGCAUGAUUCACUACAAUGCCGCAUCAGCUGUUCGCGCGACUGGUACGCUUGUCAAGGGUCUCUACCUCAAGCGCAUCCUGAAGCUACUCAAGACGGAGCCUCAGCAGGUCCUUGAUAAACUCGAAGCCCUACGCAAGCACCUCCUGACCUUCUCCAAUAUGCGCGUUCUCGUUACCGCCAACCUUGAGACCCUACCAAACCCAGUGUCCACCUUUAAGCACCUCACCGACGCCUUCAAGCCCGGCCCAGAGCCAACCGUGAAUCCAAUCGAUGAUCGCAACGCGCUCCUCUCAGAUAUCGGUCGUAAUCCAGGCGGUACACACUACAUCAUCCCCAUGCCCAUCGACUCCUCCUUCGCAGUCCUCACAUCCAAAGGACCCAAAGGCUACACAAACGCCCAACUGCCACCACUCAUGGUCGCACUUGCCUAUCUCGACGCCGUCGAAGGCCCCAUGUGGACAUCAAUCCGCGGCACAGGUCUCGCCUACGGCAGCAACUUCUUCCGCGACCCCGAAACAGGACUGCUCAAGUUCCGCAUCUCCAAAUCGCCCAACGUCUUCGCUGCGUACAACAAAGCCAAGACGGUCAUCAAGGAGUACGGCGACGGCACGCAGAAGUUUGAGAAGCUGGCGUUGGAAGGCGCGAUUUCAAGUAUCGUUCGCGACUUUGUUGACGAGCGCGCUACGGUUGUUGAUGCGGCUAGGAGUUCCUUUAUCGAUACUGUCACGCGUGGUGUGGGCAAGGACUGGCAGGCCUGGGCACUGCGUGAGGUGCGCAAGGUGACUGAGGAAGACGUGAGGAACAUCUUGAAUGAGGUCGUGUCGGGUGUGUUUGUGCCUGAGAAGACGGAUCUGGUCGUGACUUGUGGUGGUAUCAUGACUGACGGCCUCAAGAAGGACUUUGAGGGCGCAGGCUUCAAGAUCGAGAUGAAGCAGCUCACCGACUUCCAGGAUGCAUAUGGCCUCGAGGGUGAGGAAGAUGACGAGGACGAUGACGAAGAAGUAUCAGGUAGCGACGAUGAUUCUGAAAGUGGCUCGGAGAUGGAGGAGUAG